CUCCACCGCAUCAUCAGUCCGCGUCGGAGAGUUGCCCGCGACGCUUGUCUGCGAGCUCGAUCCCUCAGAUACGCUGCUGGUUUACGGCGAGCCGUAACACGACACGUUUGGAGGGACCGCCGCUGCUUCGCGUGUGCCUGGUGCUCUGUGAACACUGGAUUCUGUGCUACAAGUGUUUGUGACAAUGUACAUGUGCUGAUUUACCAAGUUACGGUCUACAUAUAGGAUUUUGACGACGCAACCAGUUCCGGAUCAGCUCAGCCGACACAGUCGUGAUGAAAGUUGUCAGUCUCCAACUGCCGUCGGGGCCGAGCAUGGAGCGGCUACCGCUACCAUUCAGCCCAACGGAGUUACUAUGGCGAUACCCUCUACCAUGGGCCCCUCCACCACCCUCACCGCUCGGUGAUGCCAAGGCCCAACUGCCAGCUGGUCUUCCUCCAGAACCAAGAUUAUGGACUAGGGAAGACGUUGCUGUUUUCCUGAAAUGGUGCGAAAGGGAAUUCGAUUUGCCGAAUUUCGAUAUGGAUCUCUUCCAAAUGAAUGGUAAGGCUUUGUGCCUUUUGACGAAAACUGACUUGGGUGAACGUUGUCCUGGUGCUGGUGAUGUAUUACAUAAUGUCCUGCAAAUGCUAGUACGAGAUGCAGCAUUGCUUGGCAGAGUACCAUCGUCUCCAGUGACACCUACAGCUCGUGCAGCGCCUUAUCCACCAUCCCCACAUUCUCACCCCCCUACUCCAACAUGGGCUGUCGACAGCUUUCACCAUUUCCAUAGCGCUGCGGCAGCGGCUGCCCAGCCGAAUUCUGUGACUUUAAGUCCAGCCCCAUCAGUAGACAGUUCAGGAAGCCCACAAAGAGGAGAAGCUGUUAAUUAUGCCCCGAACUAUGCACCUUCUAUGCCUGCUACAACGCAGGCGGCAAGUUCAGGAAGCAAUCAUUCUGAUUCGGAUGAAGAAGCUCAAUUCGCGCCACCACCACGAUCCCCUAAGGAUGCGCCAUUAUCCAGCCCGGCACCACAGCCUCACCCAGCGCCACAGCACUCACAUUACAGAGCUCAACAUAGGGAAUUCUUCCCGAACGACAUGCCAGAGUCCAAUACAAAUGGAAGAUUACUUUGGGACUUCCUACAACAGCUAUUAAAUGAUCCCUCUCAGCGGUACACCAAUUACAUUGCAUGGAAAAAUAGAGAAACUGGAGUAUUUAAAAUUGUAGAUCCUGCUGGAUUAGCAAAGCUGUGGGGAAUCCAGAAGAAUCACCUUUCCAUGAAUUAUGACAAAAUGUCACGUGCUUUGAGAUACUACUACCGCGUUAAUAUUCUUCGAAAAGUGCAAGGCGAAAGACAUUGCUACCAGUUUUUAAGAAAUCCAACUGAACUGAAGAACAUCAAAAAUAUUUCAUUGCUGCGACAACAAAUGAGUCCCACGAGGGUGGUACCUCAAGCUGUCGUGAAGACGGAAAUGAAGGAAGAACGGUGCGACGAAGAACCUGUAGAUGAAGACAUGCCUACUGACCUGAGUAUGGCAGCAUCAGAGCCGUGGCGGAAACGUGCGCGACCGGAUCCCAAUCCGGUUCAGCCGCCUCAUGAUAAACACCACAUUAGUGCUCUUAUUGGUGAAAACAUGAUGAUGAAACGGGAAUCAGAAUACGCCACUGAACAUUACGCGCUUAAUCUUAAAAGUGAAAAAUGUGAACAAUGAUUAUAAAAGACUUGAAUCGUGGGACACUUAUCAGUGCAAAACGCAUUUUUUGCAUAUUCAGUAUGCAACCAGCUCCACCCACUAAAAUUCUAGUCAAAUUCCUCUCAGAAAGGAUAUUUAAGUCUUCCUCUAAAAAUAUUAACGUACUUGAUGAACAAUUGCUGAGAGUACUUUGACAGAUUUAGGAUGGUCAUUGGAGUUUAACAGGGUAUGGACCUUAAUGAUGCCUUUGUGCCAAGUGAUUUUUAUACCUAAUAGUGUCAAUUAUCUAUCUAAAUAGUUAGCAAAAGGGACGAGAGUUUAUUUGUGUUAAAGUCAUAAAAAUAUUACCUAUAAGAUUUGUGCAAUGGACUAUUACUUAACUGUUGACUGAGAUUUAGCAGUUAUUUAAAAUUGCCACAACUCUGUAUCUAUCCAUAUGUUACGUGCGGACUGCGCACUCGAUUAAUGCAUUUGCGUAAUUUAAUUA